AUGUCGUGGCUCGCGCGCUCCAUCGCGGCGACGCUCUCCUCGCCGCGCGGCGAGCCGGACCCCGACGCCGACGCCGACGAGCCCGAGCGCGCCGGCGCGGACGACGGGGCGGCGGGCUCCUCCUCUCCGCGCGGCCCCGGCGCUGACCCCGAGGAGGAGGAGCCCGACACUCCGAGCCGCGGCGUCAAGGACGACAUCUCCGAGCUCACCGAGACCCUCACGAGCCGGCUCUGGGGCGUCGCCUCCUUCCUCGCGCCGCCUCCGACGGAGUCCUCCACCCCGCGCGGGGUGGCUCGUGGGGAGGAGGAGGAGGAGGAGGAGGAGGGUAGUGAUGGUGAGGAGUCCGCGCAGUCCCCGCGGAUCGCGGGGAUCCGGAGCGAUCUGGCGGAGAUCGGGGGGAGGGUGAGGAGCGGCAUCUCGAUGCUGCAGAGCAACAAGGCUGUGGCGGAGAUAUCCAAGAUCGCGUCCUCGCUGCUGCCAUUUGGGCAAGGGGAUGCGGACGAGGGGGAGCCUGUCGCUGGCGCGACUGAGGAGGUGGUGGUGUUCGUGAGGCACAUCUCGACCAGGCCCGAGACGUGGCUCGAUUUCCCCCUGUUCAUCAGUGAGCGCUAUGCUGAUGACUUUGAACUUUCGGAUGCUCAGUAUGUACAUGCAUUAGCCAUGGAGCACCUUGUGCCAAGCCUGUCAGAUAUAAAAGUUGCCAUUUGCUCUACUGAUAUGAGUGAAGCAUGUUUCUGGAAGAUCUAUUUUGUGCUUCUGUACUCAAAACUCAACAAGCAAGACGCUGAACUUCUUUCAACGCCACGGAUCCUACAAGCAAGGGAGGAAUUGCUGCAAAGUUUACAGACUAAAAAUAAACGAGUAUCUGAGGUUCCGGGCAAAGGGGAAUCAUCAAAAACUGUGAAUAUGUUUUCCGCCCCUGCUGAAGAGAAAGUGAUACAGCCUUCAAGCAUUGAAAACAAAGCUGGAACACCAGAGAUUUCAUCGUUCGAAGAACCUACUUCUGAUAUCUCACCAGAUAUAGAGGCUGAAAAGUUCCCCAUUGAAACCACUGAGGUGGAAAUAGUUGACAAGUCGGUAAUUGAAGAAGAGUUGUCAGUGAAAAAUGAAACCAAGAGUUCACCCAUCGAGUCCAAAAUUCAUGCUGAGACUGAUGAUGAUGAAGUUGAUGAAUGGCCUGAUGACGAUGAUGAUGCAGAUGAGGUGGUUGGCACAGCAGGCAAUAGAACUUCACUGGGACAGGAGGAAGACGUAUCGUUCAGUGACCUGGAAGAUGACGAUGACGAUGGCAAUAAAGGGAUAGCGAAGUAACUAGGCAAGCUCAAGGUCUGGUCCCAGACUCCCAGUGCAAUCAUCACUUUCCGACAGUCCCAUAAGCACAUGCUGGGCUUCAUCUCAGUAGCGGCACAUACGCAUUAAGGGAUCAUUACUUUGUUUAUUAUUAGGCCCUUAAAGUGAAGAACUCCAAACUGGCUCGGUCUCGGAUACCCUGAAUGAAUUUAGAGCCGUAAUGAUAGGCAUGCCUCAGCUCGUGUAAGUGCUGAUGGUGACCACAUCUGUAUUAUUGACCUAUCUGUCUGUACAUAAAGCCCUUUGGCCGUGCUGUAUAACCAAGCCACACACCACUGUGUUGAUCUGAAGUUUCGUUGUCGCUGCUCUUUUCGUA